UCUGUUAUGUCAGGGUCUAAGAGCAUUCAGGUCUAAGAGCAUUGAAACCAUGACAUUACUCAGUGCUGUGCUCAGUUUUUCUUUAACAUUGGCAGUUGUUCAAACACAGUCUGUUAUGGACAAGUCCUACACUGCUGCUGUCUAUGAGCAUAAAUUAAUCCCAAACCCCGACCCUCGCAUCCCAAUGUCCCGGUCUGCCGCCCUUCAGCACAUGCAGAAAAACCUGGACAUCUUUGAGGAGCAGGCUGCCAAGGCUGCUGAGCAGGGUGUCCAAAUUCUGGUGUUUCCAGAAGUUGGUAUUCAUGGUUUCAACUUCAGCCGAUCAUCUAUCUAUAACUACCUCGAGAGGAUUCCUGACCCCCAGCAAGAGAGCUGGAACCCCUGCACAGAGUCUGAAAAAUACAACAACACUGAGGUUCUCCAGAGGUUGAGCUGUAUGGCCCGUCGUAACAACCUCUACCUGGUGGCCAACAUGCCUGACCUACAGCCCUGUCCUCUGAGCACUGACCCCUCCUCUACCUGUCCCUUUGAUGGACGCUGGCAGUUCAACACCAAUGUGGUUUUCAGGUCAGAUGGCCUCCUGGUGGCACGCUACCAUAAAUACAACCUUUACUAUGAGGACUCCUUCGACACGCCACCACAGCCUGAGAUCAUCACAUUUGACACGCCUUUUGCUGGGAGGUUCGGCCUUAUCAUAUGCUACGACAUCCUCUUCCACAAUCCUACAAUCGCCCUGGUGGAGAAGGGUGUGCGGCAGCUGAUCUUUCCCACAGCCUGGUUUAACUCACCCCCUCUCCUCCACUCAGUCCAGUACCAUCAAGCAUUAAGCAGGAUCACAAAUGUCACCCUCCUAUCUGCCAACCUUCGUAAUGACAGAUUUAACAUGGGAGGAAGUGGUAUCUACACACCUUUGUUUUCUACCUACCACCAUGCACAGAGGGGGGAGCCAGAAGAGGGCAAGCUGCUGGUGGCCAGGGUGCCGGUGUUAGACCCUGAGUGGUUGGGACAGAAGGAAACCACACAGGAGAGGUUGACUGAGUCUACAUCAUCUCCAGCUGCAGAGUCUGGAUUCUGUCAGACAGACAGCUGCUCUGAUGCUUCCUCAGUCACUCCGUCCUCCAACACCUUCAUUUCAACCAUGAUGCGUGACCCAUUCACCUUUGUCCUCUUAAAUGAGAUGGAGGGUGAUGCUAAUGUGUGCAAUGGCUCCUUUUGCUGCCACCUGCAGUACAAACGGUUUCCACAUGGUAGCAGCAACGAGCUGUAUGCACUGGGAGCAUUUUCUGGAUGGCACAGUAAAGGGAGACGCUACGCCCUGCAGAUUUGUGCACUCGUCCGUUGUGCAGGGUCAGACCCCAGCUCCUGUGGACAGAAAGUAGAAGAAGCAGAGUCGAAAAUGGACUUCCUGUUGGAGGGGAAAUUUGGGACCAAAUAUGUGUAUCCAUCAGUUCUGGCUAGCAGGAUGGCUAUGGAGGAUCCAGAGCAUUUUGAUAUAGCUGCAGAUGGAAGAGUGAGCAUGAAGCACUCCAACAUGACUGGUGGGCUGGUGACUGCAAGUUUGUAUGCACGGAUGUAUCAUCUGGACAAGGACUGAUGUGUGUUGGAUUGAACAGAAUUCAGUGAUUUUUAUUAGCGCUCUGUAAGUGUCUGAAGACUGAAGACACUAAUUUCAGAAGAUUAUAAAGUGAAAUCUUUCAAUUCUUGCUUUAUAUACAUCUGAAGUUGCCCAACAGUGCAGGGUUGUCAUAUUUUACACCAUGUAUUUUCAAUGGGAGAACAAUCUGGACCUCAUGGUGGUCAAUCUAGAACUCACAGUCUCUCACUGUGAAGCCAGGCUGUUGUAACUCAUACAGAAUGUGGUUUUGCAUCGUUUUGCUGAAAUAAAUGGGGACAUCUCUGAAAAAGACAAAGCCUGGAUGGAAGUAUAUGUUUCGCCAAAACCUGUACGUACCUCUCAGUAUUAAUGGUGUGUUCACUGAUAAAACCCUAAAAAGGCCCAUGCAUGUGUUU